AUGCGCGGAGCUACGCAGUUGGGGAAGAUGGGGGAAGCGGGAGGGGAGAUAGAGGAUAAGGAAGAGAAAGCGCGUCGCUUGGGCGUGUCGUCGCUUUGGGUGGUGGGAGCGCUGGCGGUGGCAGCGCUGCUGCUGCUGCUGGCCGCAAGGGCAGAGCGCCACCUGCCACCAGCUCGUGACGCACCCCCUGACGACUUUAGUGGCUUCCGUGCGCAUCGCUACCUCGUUAACCUAACCGCCGUCGGGCCGAGGGUAGCGGGCAGCUACGAGAAUGAAGUGGUGGCCGUGAAGUGGAUUCUGAAUACUCUGCGGGAGAUCGCGGACCAAGCGUCGCCGCACAACCGACUCGAGCUGGACGUACACACCGCCAGCGGCGCCUUCCCGCUCUCCUUCCUCGAUGGCAUGAACAACGUGUACCGCGACGUGCAGAGCGUGGUGGCGCGCGCGAGCGGCGCGGGCGGGCGGCGCGCGCGCACGGCGCUGCUGCUCAACUGCCACUUCGACACCGUGCCCGACAGCCCAGGUGCUAGUGACGACGGCGCGGGAUGCGCCGUGCUGCUGGAGACGCUGCGCGCGCUGCUGGCGGCGCCGCGUCCGCUGCGUCACGACGUCAUCGCGCUGCUCAAUGGUGCCGAGGAGAACAUACUGCAGGCCUCACAUGCCUUCGUCACCACGCACAGAUGGGCGAAAGAUGUCCGCGCAUUCAUAAACUUGGAGGCGUGUGGCUCCGGCGGCCGCGAGGUGUUGUUCCAGGCCGGCCCGCAGGAUCCCUGGAUACUGGAGGUGUACGCGGGCGUGGCGCCGCACCCGUUCGCGUCGUCGCUGGCGCAAGAGCUGUUCCAGAGCGGCCUCAUCCCCGCUGACACAGACUUCCGCAUCUUCCGCGACUUCGGCGGACUCUCCGGCGUGGACUUGGCGUGGAGCAGCAACGGGUUCGUGUACCACACGCGCCUCGACACGGCUGCUCGCGUGCCGCCCGCCGCGCUGCAGCACACCGGCGACAACGUGCUCGCGCUUGUACAAGGGAUGCUGCGACAUCCGGCACUAGAGAGCGCGGUGGAGCGGUCCGCCCUGCCGGCGUACUGCGACGUGCUGGGGCUGGUGGUGGUGGCGCUGCGGCCGGGCGCCGCGCUGCUGGCCGCCGCCGCCGCGCUGCUGGUGCUGCUGCUGCGCCUGCUGCUCUCCGCAGCUGAUGCGCAGCGUCACCGUGAGCGUUAUCUUGUUUUUUGCUGCUUCACUGCACUCUCGUACAAUGUUAGCUGUAUAUGUAAUGUAAUGCAUUAUUGUAUUCGGACGUAA